AUGGACAUAACUGUUGCUAUCCCCACUGCCUGCCACUUCUCAAGAGUUCCCUACCCCAGUAAAUGCAGGGCUAUAAAAUGCAGCAAUUCAUCUACUGUGUGGCCAGCUGAAAUGUCUGGGAUAGGCACUUUAAGAAGCUGGGGAGCUGCAGAAGCCAAACAAGGAAUCUCUACGAAGAAGUCUGGAACAGAUUCAAAAGCAAGGAAAGUGAACGAAGGAAAGACCCAAAGACCCAGAGUUCAUGUACCUCACUUAGCUGUAGUAACAGCAGAAUCACAGAUUUCUGUCUUACCUACAUUUUUGCUGUGCUUGCCACUGGACAAUCCAGUUUCCCACAAGAUUAAGCUCUAUAUAAGAGAGGAGCUUCACCAAAUGUUGGAGCUCAUUAGUGAUUGCCCAUUAGUUCCAGGUUACAUCCAUCUCCCUGAGAUCUGCUCCUUCAAUGUAUUGGGUGGCUCUUGGAUCUUGCAUGAAAUAUCCAGCUUCCAGGGCUGAUGGUAUUUACUGAAACCCAGGGAAUACAGAAUAUUCCCUGACUGGGGUGCAGUGAAAGCCAAAAAUGUCUCUUUGCAGAGGCUGGCUGACUUGCACUGA